AUGGCCAGUGGCAAGCGGCUGGCCGGUAAAACAGCAGAAUCAGGGCCCUGCGGUAAGGCUGCUUCUUAUUCCGCUCGGAUACGGACACUGAGGGACCGGUUGAAGUCUGUAAAUUCCGUACAUUGUAAUUCAGAUUGCAAAAGAAUGGUCCGAUCCCGUGAACCCAAAACCAACAUCAUAGAAACUGAUUUCAAAGGGAUGUCGUUAUUCAUCCGGCUAACACCCAGCUCAGGUGUUUAUGAAAGGGCGCCUGUUCCUAUUUGUCUAGGUCAAAAUUCGUCUAUACAGGAAAAUAAAAUGCAAAGCACUAUAAAAGAAGUACUAGAUGCUUUAGGGGUUAAUAUAGAAGCAGAUACAAUUCUUAACUACGCACAGAAUGAUCCCUCUUUUAGCAUCAACGUUUCAAAUAAGCAAGCUUAUGAGUAUGCUCACAAACUUGCUUCAAAAGUAUCAAGCGGAAAACAAUUUCUUAAGAAGUACGAAGAAUUAAAAAGUCGCAAUGCAGAAAAUUUAACAAAUAUUAUAGCAAUUUUGUAUAAAUUAGUUUGUGAUGAGAAGAAAUUUAAAAUAUCAAAACCAAAAAUUUCUCCCAAGCCUACUCUUGGGGACAACAAACAUCAAAUUACUAAAGAAGACUUACCACAGAUAAAGGAUAAGCUAUUAAAAGCAGUCGAUGAAAGUAAGAAGCUAGUAAUGAAAUCAUUUGAAGAGAAGGAAGUACAACUACGUCCAAAUUGGUAUAACAGUUUAGAUCUACCUAACUGGCAGAAAGAACAUCCAUUUAUGUCCUGGGACUUUCCUAAAGAACCACUUCCCCUUAUUGCAUCUUUGGCUGUCAUACCAGUGAUCUCUCAAGAAAAUAUUAUAAUAGAUGAGCUAUUAUAUGUAUUCAAUGGAAUUCCUGGAAACUAUAUUGUACACAAGCCUGUCAAAGACAUAUAUGAACCGAGACAAUUUUUGAUAGCUGAGGAUCUGGAUGAUGCUUUGAAACAAAUAGUUCAGCAAAUGCUGCCUAUUGCAUCUAAUUAUUCAAUAGUAAGAAGAUUCAUUGAGAAUUGUGAUAUGUGGUCUGGACAAGUCUUACAUGCCCUUGUCGCUGGGAUAGAAAUUCUAUUAAAGGAUUAUUAUACUAUGAUAGCACAAUUGGAAACUGAAUACAUGAAUAGAACCCUAACUCUACAGAAGUUGUGGUAUUUCAUUUUACCGACUAUGCAUACAAUGCAAGUUCUAGCAGCCAUCGUGACAUCUAUUGGCAAGAGUGAGCUCCGAGGUGGAGCCGUUUUAACUGUACUCCACGAGAAGACAAGUACUCUGAUGGGUGAUGUACGUGCACAAGAAAUAGCUCUGUUCUUGACGGAGCGUGCGUGUCGUCCCUACUUCGAUAUAUUGGACUGUUGGAUACACAAGGGAAUAGUGACUGAUCCCUUUCAUGAAUUCAUGAUACAAGAUAAUGAGCUUGUGAACAAAGAGGAGUUACCACUGGACUAUUCAGCAGACUAUUGGGAGAAGAGGUACAGUAUCCAAAUGGAUCGCGUGCCUCAGUUCCUGGAAAAGUUUACUAAUAUAAUCUUGCGCACUGGGAAAUAUCUAAACGUCAUCAGUCAAUGUGGAAAGUCUAUAACGAAAACGAAUACCGAAGAAAUAAAAUACUCGCUACGUCAGCAAAAUUAUGGCGCCAUUAUUCAAAAGGCGUAUUCUUUUGCGAGCAAAUCUCUGCUGGAAUUAUUACUUAAGGAGUAUGAUCUGAUGGGCCGACUGAAGUCAGUUAAGAACUAUUUCCUCAUGAGUCAGGGCGACUUUAUUGUGCAGUUUAUGGAUGCGACAGAGCAGGAGUUGUCGAAGAAAAUUGAUGAUAUCAUACCGUCUAAAUUAGAGUCGUUGCUCGGGCUUUGCCUACGACUUUCUGCUGCAAGCCACGAUCCUUACAAUGAAGAUAUGCGCGUAGAACUAUCGCCUUAUGAUCUUCAGUUCCAGAUGAUUAAGAUAGUGUCAAUCGAAACUAAAGAAGAAAAAGAAUACAAACAGAACAAAGAUUGCCCUCCAUUAACUGGAAUAGAAGCGUUCUCGUUUGGUAUGGAAGUGAAAUGGCCGGUCUCCCUAAUUCUAAACCAUAAGGCCAUCGCGUGUUAUCAAAUGAUAUUCCGUCACCUGUUCUUCUGCAAACAUGUAGAGAGAUUAUUGUGCCGUGUGUGGCUUUACAACAAGGUGGUAAAGAGGUUUUCGGAGGCGCGACUGUACGCAGAUGCGUUCGCUCUACGGCAGCGAAUGUUGAGUUGCGUACAACACCUGCAGUACUACAUGUGCGUUGAGGUUAUCGAGCCCUCUUGGUGUCAGCUCAUUCAAAAUCUUGAAAAUGUAAGUAUAUUUUUUACUUUUCUUAAUGUUGUCUGGGAAAUGACCCAGAAUACUUUUGAAUACAUUUCUUAA